AUGUUACCAUCAAUUGGUACUACAUUGAAUUUUACUUUCAACGGUCUCCUCAGUACAAUGCAUGUGUCUGGAAUCUAUACUAUACAACCAGUUACAGAUCAAGAUAUGAAAACAAUUAUUGGUUAUCGUAAUUGGCAGUCAUAUACAGGUGAUUUUAGUGGAAUAUUUUAUGGAGUCUCUUAUAAUAAUGGAACCUAUCUUCAAGCAUUAGUUGAUCCAAAUACACAAGAAUGUGAGAAUGUUUUUGCUGAAGUAAUGAAUUGUACUAGUUGGUUAAAUACCGAUGUUAUAAAAUGGAAUAAUGAAUGUUCACUAAUUCGAAUUGAUUCACCGGUUUCUGGCGAGAUGUCAUUGACAUUAAAUGCAUCAGAGUGUGAUUUAACACGUCCAGUAAAUUUUAUUGGCACAACAACUAUAUCUGUACAUGAAAAACAUCAUGAAACAGAAGUUAAUAAAAUAUGUCUACGACAUAUUGAAAACAUUCGUAACAUUCCAUCAACAACAAUUAAUCAUCAACAAGAUGAAAAAAUAAAUUCCAAAGAAACAGCUAUAAGUAAAUCAGAUGAUAUAGAAUCACAUUGUGCAGCACCUUUAUCUGAUCAAAAAGCAAAAAUGACAUCAAUCAAAGAUAAUAUUAUAUCUUAUUCUCAAAUGUCUCUUUCGAAAUUUUUUCAUAAAUCUAAACAACUUAAAACACCAUCACCAUUACCAAUGACUAUCGAUGACAUUUCAGAAGAUAAUAAUGAUAAAACAAUUAAUAAUACAUUAUCAAGUUGGUCAUUAUCAACAAAUAGUGAUUCAAAUCAACAUACAACACGUUCAAAACAUCGUUCAUGUACUGAAAGUUAUGAUUUAAAUGAACAAAACACUUCAGGAAAAAAGAAUAUGUCUUCAAUUAAAAAAAUAUCCGACGAUAUUAAAUCUUUAGAUAAAAAUAAAUUAGUUUUAGUUAACGUAAGAAAACUUACUAAGAAGCAAAAUAUUCAGUAA